CUACAGUGGAUUUGGAAAAAUAUUAGCUGCAGUCAGAGUGGACAUUAUUGAUCUGGUCCAGUGAAGUUGGCAAACCCUUACAGCUGUCAAUCCGCAGCCUCCCACGUGGUCAGCAGGGCGGGCGCAUCUUAACUAGUUGAACUUGCAACUUUUUAGGGAGACAAACAAUUGGCCCUGUUGGUAGUUGCAAUUGCAGGUCCACGUACGAUACUCCCCGACAGGAAGCAACGACCUGCUAGUUGGUUGGCGCCGCUUCUCUGGUUUUCUGGACAUCCAGAUCGCUCCCAUCUGUGCCUGGCGUAAACCCGUUGCGCACUGCUGCUGCCUCUUCCCAGACUAAUUUGAGACAGCGCUUUGAACCCCGAGUGUUCUGGAGUUAGAGUUGUGAAUGUGUUAGGUGCGCUGCUUAGUUUGUCCUCGGAGCCUGAUCACAGUUUGGUUACAAAACUGCACCAGCAAAACAAGCUAUUUUCUUUUCAUUAAGAGGACUUUGAAGCAGGAUUUCAGCAUGGAUACAGACAGCGAUUCUAUCGGGGAAAGUAAGCCGGUGUGUCAGUGUACGCCCAAGUCCCUGGUCCAGCGGUGGCUUUCGGGUUUUCCCAUCGCUCUGUGUUUGCUGAUGUCCCUGAGCUCCGUCACCGUGUGUCUUCUGAUGAGCUUCAGGACCUACCAGCUGGAGAACCGGCUGCAGAUGGAGAUGGACAAAGCGUCCAGCUUCCACCCGCAGCACAGGGUCUUUCUAAACGAAGAUGGGACCCUAAUUCCAGAGCUGAGCACACCAAUAGGGAGGCUCGUGGAAGAGAAAGUGGUGGUGCUGAUGCCGAAAUUGCGGACAACUAGGGAUGUUGGCCAAGAGUGCUCCUGUCCUCCAGGACCUCCAGGAAAGCGUGGAAGGAUGGGAAGAAGAGGGGAACCUGGACCUCCUGGCAAGGCUGGACGGGAUGGAUACCCGGGUCCUCUUGGCUUGGAUGGGAAACCAGGUUUACAAGGUCCCCAGGGAAGCCAGGGACCAGCCGGACCCAAGGGAGAAAAGGGUGACCAAGGAGACGUUGGGCCAAGGAUGGUCUUCCCCCGAUAUGACCAUAGCUUUCUCUCUGGAGAGCAGUCCAGCAGCUUUCAGAGACGCUUUCUGAAGGGUGACCAAGGCCAAGCUGGACCUGCUGGUCCUCCCGGUCCCCCAGGUCCUCCUGGUCCCCGAGGCCCCCCUGGGAACACAGGCAAGGACGGGCCUCGUGGCCCUGCUGGAGAGCCGGGUUUUCCAGGUCGCGAUGGCGCUGAGGGGCCUCAAGGAUUACCUGGGAAGCCGGGAGAAAAUGGUGAGCCUGGAUAUGCAGGACCACAGGGUCCUCCGGGAGCAAAGGGUGAACCAGGUAUGGGUGAAAAAGGAGAGAGAGGCAUGGAUGGACUCCCAGGAUUAAAGGGAGACAAAGGAGAAAUAGGAGAGCAAGGACCACAGGGACACAUGGGUUAUCCUGGUGAAAAAGGCGCUACAGGCUCCUCAGACAUUAUUGACUUCAAUGGGAAGCUUCUAGAUGCUUUCCAGGCCAUCAACACCAUCAGUGUUUCGGGCCCACCUGGACCACCUGGACCCCCAGGCCCAAUGGGGGAAAAGGGUGAGCUUGGUUUGCCUGGACCAGCAGGAGUUGAUGGGGAGAAGGGACCUAAAGGUGACAUUGGUGAGACAGGACCACCUGGCGAGAGAGGAGAGAAGGGAGAAAUGGGGCUCUCUGGGCCUGCUGGUAUGGACGGACAGAAAGGAGAGAAAGGCGACUGCAGAAUGGAUGACAACCUGGUUCAGAUGAUUUCCCAGCCAGGCCCACCUGGCCCGCCUGGUCCACCAGGGGUUCCUGGGUCCCCUGGAUCCACGGGGCUGCACGGGAUGCCUGGUCCUAAGGGUGAGCCUGGAUUCGGGAUGAAGGGAGAGAAGGGGGACGUUGGUGCUCCUGGACUCAAAGGAUUAGUCGGCCCCCAGGGCAUACCUGGGUCUGCAGGGUUAGUGGGUCUUCCAGGUGCAAAGGGAGAAAAAGGCAGACCAGGGGAGCCUGGGCUAGAUGGUUUCCCAGGUCUGAUGGGAGACAAAGGUGACCGAGGGGAAAGAGGAGAGAAAGGUGACAGGGGAGCAGUGGGAAAGAGGGGUCUAAAGGGCCAGAAAGGGGAGCAGGGUCCUCCAGGCCUGGACCAGCCUUGUCCUGUGGGAUGUGGUGAGAUUAAAGGUCUGUCUGAGAAGGCGGGGCUUUCUUCCCCUUCACUUGCUCCUCUUCCUCCUUCCGGCCCUGAGGCCCCCUGUCCUGUGGGACAUGAUGGGCUUCCCAUACCAGGCUGCUGGCAUAAGUGAUGACUAACCAGCAGCAUGGAAUCUGUACAUAUUGUUAUGGUAUAUAUUGGAAUUGAAUACUACACCAACAACCCGCUCCCUUGUUUUCCCGUUUUUUUUUUCAUAAAACGUUUUAUAUAAUAUAUUGAAUUUUUUUUAACAAGGACAUUUUUGAUUUCUGCAGUAUUAUGAACACUUUUUUAAACUCUAGAGAGCCAGUGUUUUGUUUUGUUUUUGAAUGGAGCCACGGUUUUAAAGAGAAGAAACUGAACUGGCAGUGGGGCUCUUACUUUGAAGGACAUUCCAUAUGAAGAAGUGUUGGAGUGCCUUGACAGUCUAGCUGCCUUACUAACAAAGUCUGACUUGCUGCCUGAUGGUAAUCAUGGAUGCUGUAUGGAUAUGACAGUGUGUGUACUCACCCAGUCUCACGGAUGGAUGGGUGGAUGCUUGGCUUGAUGGACAGAUCUCUUGGCUGUGGCAAAUGGAGGAGUGUGGGUCAGUACUCUCUUCUCUCUCUUUCUGUUUUCGAAAAGGAGGAAAUGGCAAGACAGAAGCUUAAACGCAAGCGUCUCUCUCAGCCCUGAAGGGGUGCGGGGUGCGGUGGAGAACAGACAUGCAGACAAGCAGAGAGCACCAGGGGCAGAUUGGCCUUAACGAAGCAUAGGCGAGUCAUGUGAUGCCCCAGUGUCAUACUGAACACUCAAAUCCUCCAAAAUGGAAACUCUCCAGGAGGGGGCAACGGAGAACACUGCAUUUCCACAUUUACCGGAGAAGAAAAGACACACCUGCGGCUGAUGAUGUUGCGCAAAAGUUUGAUAACCAGUGGAAGUUAUUUGGGAGUCACUGACGUCACUGGCACAUAAGGAAAGGUUAACUGCAUUGAACAUGUUGUGGUGAUCUCUUGUAUGGCUCUUUUGUAAAAGGUUUUCACUAAUUAAAUGCAUGAUCAUAACAAGGCAUGGUGUUGUUUAGCAUCCUGACAGCUUGUCUGAUUUGUGGUCCCUCAUUGAAACCUCAAACGACAUUAGAUUCGUUUUCAUUGGCAAUAAGCAGCAUUUAAUAAUCUUUCCAUUUGAACAAGCUCACUCAGUCAGUAAGUCAACCUUUUUUAUGACUUACACUUGUGUGUUUGUUUUAUUAUGUUAUAUUCUUACCUAUUUCUGUCCAGUUCCAUUUUGCAUUCCGGUGCAUUGCCAUGUCUGUGAAAAAUAUAGAUUGUGAAACUUCAAGGCCAGAUUUGAAGGAACCAUUUACAGUAUUCAUGAUAAACCAGUGUUUCCUUGACGAAUGAUUGCCAAUCAAAUAAUUUCCCUAAUAAUUUUAAGUGCAACUGAUGCAUUAUGAAUGAUCAUUAUUUUCUUUUAAUCGCUGAUGAAGACAUAUUUAAUCAUUGUUGCCAUUUUUUCUGGACAACAGUGUAAGUUCUUGCUGCUGACUUAAAUGUGUGUUGUUUGUUUGAUAUUUUUGAAUCAAUAUUAGUCAUUUGGACUGAAGGACUAACAGACUUAAGUAUGAAAUUUUAAUCAAAUGUAUGCACAACCAUUGUUUUGGGGGGUAUUUAUGCUUUUUUUAUGCAGCAAUACACCUUAGCACAAUGGUUUACAACUGUCAUUUAUUUUGGAUUUUGUGUGUUGUUUCAAUUAUCACAAAAUGUUUUAGUCUUUGCUAUCUGAUGACUUUUAUUGGUUUGUUUUUGGUCUUUGUAAUACAUUUUUCUCAGACGGAAUCAUUUCUUGGUGCUUAAAUAUUUCUAUAUACCUGUUUAAAGCUCAACUCUGCAUAUUCAUAUGCAAAACCACACACAUGUCCACAAAUACACAUGCAUUAUUGCUUAAAGAAAUGUUGAACAUACAGGGAAAAAACAAGUUUUACUUGGGUUUGCUGGGUUACUAUUUUCAAAUAUUUGGCCGCAUGUAUACAGGACAGAGAUUACACACGAGUGGAGUGGACAUCUCUACGUGUCUUAAUUGCCGUUUUUGAUACAAUAUGAAUAACAUUAAGCAAAUAUCUUUUUUUAAGGCAGAAUACAUAUUCAGGUUAAUUUAUAACAUGUUCAUUGUUAGCCUGAAUAUGAAUAAUCAUGUUUUAUUGGUUGAUUAUCUUCAGUCACCACCAACAACAAUACAGGCUACUAAACUAAUUCAAUUUCAUUUCUAAUUCAAAUUCUUGCCCACUAUUAUUGCAACAUUUGAACAUUUCAAACAGGGUCAGUAUUAACGUUUUGAUUGACACAAACGGACAUGUGGUUUGUGAAAAAGUGAAAAUGGUAUUUGCUUUUCCACUUCUGUAAUUAGUUCAAACAGUGAAAACACACAGUCCAUUGGUAAUGCUGACUUACUUCUUUGUAAUUACAAAUAUCCACUAUACACAUUAUGUUACACUAGUCAUGAUGUAGGCUUCAUAUCCCUUCAGGGGAAAUUCCUAUUUUGGUCUGAAAUGAUGAAAUGUAACAUAACAUCUUAUCAGCUUUAUUUUUGAAAAGAUCAUUUUACAGUAAGAGCCAAAGUUCAACAACUGACUUCACACAAAACUAUUUUCAUAUAAACAGGAUAAAUAUGAUGUCACGUCCCGCUAAAUGUUUUAACUUUGGAUGGGUUUUGUAAAAAAGAUCCGUGCUUCCCAUGUUAAACCUAUACUGCACUACUCAUUUAUGAAGUCAAAAGUAUUUCAGCAACAUUUUCUAUAAAACAAAAAUCUGUUUAACAGUCGCAUAUCAUUAAGCUAAAAUAGAAUAGCUGAGUGUACUGAAAGCUGGAUGGUUCAACUGUAAACCACACAAUUCUUAGCAUUAUUUCACUGGAGGCUGAUGGUUAUCUGUCACUUAACAUUAUCAUAUGUGUUUAUUUCUUUUGCAGAUUCUGUCAGUUUCAAUUUUUGGACUAAAUGGAGUCAGUAAAUGGUACAAUGUCGGAAUACAGUUUGGUGUGUUAGCAAGUCAUAAAUCACAGUAUUAGCUUGACUUUGUGAGAAUGUGGUUUUUUUUGGUUGUGUAUUUGGUUGUAAAAGAAUUAAGCUAUUUUUGUAAUUGUCUAAAAAUGUAUAACAUGAAAUCUGGUCAAUUAAACUUGUAGACUGAAGUAAA